AAUGCAUAUUAUGAAAAGCGCUGUAUUAAUGAUUUUGAUUUGUGUGUUAUCUGUCUCAGGGUGUGGGAUAGCCGUACCUGGCAGGUCACUAACACAUUUCCGGCAAAGCAGUACAUCCAGACACACUGUGACAUCAGUUCCAACUGUUACCACCUGCUGUCGUCCAGCAAUGGUUUCGGUGGUCAGGGUUGUGAGGCCACGCUGUGGGACCUCAGACAGCCCGGCUGUAAGGUGGCCGAAUACAGAGGACACCUGCAGACCACAGCAUGCUGCAUGUUUGUGCCUCCCAGUCCCGGAUAUCCUGCUCUCGUGGCGUCAUCGGCGUAUGACAGCUCAGUAAAAAUAUGGGAUCAGAACACUGCAGCGUGUUUGUACACGUUAACGCUGGACGGUUCAGGGCCUUUGGUGUCUCUGGCUCCGUGUGACUCCAGCAGUCUCCUGUGUGCCAGUUUUAACACAGGACUGCAUCAGCUGCAUCUAGAUCAGGGAGCAAUGCCCAGCCUCACUGAAGUGGCUCGCUUCUGACGUCCAUCUGGACCGCCUGGAAAAUCAAACUAAUGAGUUAAAACAAACAUAUUUAAUAACUGGAACUCCUGGAAAUGAGAAUGCACACUACAAUAUGUAGACACCCUCUUCUUAUUAAAUGAAUAGGUCAAAAAUGAAAAUUUGCAUCUUCAGGCCAUCCAAGAUGUAGAUGAGUUUGUUUUUUCAUC